GCGUGGCCGCCGGGGGCCAUGGCGGCGCUCGGCGUCGUCUGUCUGCUUCUCGGGGCAGCGUUCUGGCGAUCUGCCUGCGCCCAGGGUGAGGAGUUCUGGCCCGGCCAGUCGGCAGCCGACAUCCUGUCGGGGGCAGCGUCCCGCAGAAGGUAUCUGCUGUAUGAUGUCAACCCCCCAGAGGGUUUCAACCUCCGCCGGGAUGUCUACAUCCGCAUUGCCUCCCUCCUGAAGACCCUGCUGAAGACCGAGGAGUGGGUGUUGGUGCUGCCCCCCUGGGGCCGUCUCUACCACUGGCAGAGCCCUGACAUUCACCAGGUCCGGAUACCGUGGUCCGACUUUUUUGACCUUCCAAGUCUCAAUAGAAACAUCCCUGUCAUUGAAUAUGAGCAGUUCAUUGCAGAGUCCGGUGGGCCCUUCAUUGACCAGGUGUAUGUCCUGCAAAGUUACGCAGAAGGGUGGAAAGAGGGGACCUGGGAAGAGAAGAUUGACGACCGGCCCUGCAUCGACCCGCUCCUCUAUUCACAGGACAAGCACGAGUACUACAGAGGAUGGUUUUGGGGUUAUGAAGAAACAAGGGGUUUAAACGUUUCCUGUCUGUCUGUUCAAGGAUCAGCUUCUAUCAUCGCGCCAGUGCUUUUGAGAAACACGUCAGCACGGUCGGUGAUGUUGGACAGAGCCGAGAACCUCCUUCAUGACCACUACGGAGGGAAGGAGUACUGGGACACGCGGCGGAGCAUGGUGUUCGCCAAGCACCUGCGGGCGGUGGGCGACGAGUUCAGGAGUAAAUACCUGAAUUCCACGAACGAGGCCGACAGGAUCCCCUACGAGGAGGACUGGACCAAGAUGAAGGUCAAGCUAGGCUCCGCGCUGGGGGGCCCUUACCUCGGCGUCCACCUGAGAAGGAAAGAUUUCAUCUGGGGCCACAGGGAGGACGUGCCCAGCCUGGACGGAGCUGUGAAGAAGAUCCGCAGCCUCAUGAAGACCCACGGGCUGGACAAAGUGUUUGUGGCCACAGACGCCGUCAGGACAGAAUAUGAGGAGCUGAAAAGGCUGUUACCCGAGAUGGUGAGGUUUGAGCCCACGUGGGAGGAGCUGGAGCUCUACAAAGACGGGGGCGUGGCCAUCAUUGACCAGUGGAUCUGCGCGCACGCCAGGUUCUUCAUUGGCACUUCUGUCUCCACGUUCUCUUUCCGGAUUCAUGAAGAAAGAGAGAUUCUAGGGUUGGACCCCAAGACUACAUAUAACCGAUUUUGUGGGGACCAGGAGAAAGUGUGCGAGCAGCCCACGCACUGGAAGAUUGCGUACUAAGCUGGCGUCUUGGGGGCCCCGUGCCCUGCAGCCAUUUUACACGCAGUGGACUUGCUGGCUUCCCCCAAUGACACAUGUCACCACGGGGUCGUUCCUGCCCCUGGCCAGCAGCUAGACAGACACACCACCCUGUUUCAGGGCCUCGGGCCUGGAGGCCACACAUGUGGGCAUGGUGCGUCACCACGUGAGCCGCGGCGUGAGCCACGCUGCCCCUGGAGCUGGGCCUGCCCUCGGUGUCUCCUCCAGCUGUCACCGCCCACGAAAAGGCGCUGCCACUUUCUAGGGGCUCUCGUGUGCUUUCUGCCAGGACCCGAGGCCCUGUCUCAGCCGCCAGCAAGGCCCGUGGCAUGUUCUCCUCAGCCGGGAGGGCUGUCCCCGGUGAGUGGGGCAGGCGCAGCGCGGGAGCAGCUCCCAUUCUGGGGGGCGCUGCAGAGCUGGUGGGGCCCGCGGAUCUGGUGCCAUUUGGGCCUGUGGGUCACUCAUUGUAACUCCUGCGUCGGCCCCAGAGCAGAGCCCUUGGUUCUGCCCUGUCGCCCUGAGGGAGCCCUCGUGCGACCUGGAGCAGAGGAGGACCAUUGCCUCACAGAGCCAGGUCGGAGGGGGCCUCUGAAGCAGUCGCUCUCCUCUCUGGGUCAGAAUGCCAGAAAGUUCCACUGCCGGUCUUCAGUGCUUAGGCCUGUUCCCAUGGAAACUGGUCCAUCCUCACACCAGUGUCCGGGUGGCUGCCUCUGCAUUUGUGACUCGCUGCAGCGUGCCAGAGGCUCUGGCUGCAAGGGCCCGGCCGGCAAGCUGGAGCCCGGUGGCCGGGAUGUGGCGGGGUCGAGGUCCAGGGCCCCGGGUGCUCCAUCUCCUUCCCAAGCUUCUGAAACCCGCCCUGAACGCGCGCAGGGGUCUAGGGGUGUCACAGCUGUGCAGAAUGAAAU